CAGGGACAGACAUCAACAUUUGCCAUCUUCCAUUGACCGAGCGACACCCGUGAGGAAGAGAGCUAUCGGUCGCUGUGCAACGCCCUGCCCAGGAUGAAGGACUGGUUGCUGAGCCUGAACCUUUUGGUCAUGUGCGUGCAAGCAGUUGCAGGAGAACCAUCGGAAGUGGUGGGAAUGAAGGGAGAGCGUGUCAGCCUGCCGUGCACGCACAGGGACGAGGAACGCACUUUGCAGAAGAAGGUGCUGUUAUGGCAGAGGGGGGCAAUUGUCGUGCACGUUCAGAAUGCGACAGGCAGCCAGUUCGGUGAUCAGGAACGCAGGUACAAUAACCGGACGGAAGUGGAUGACCAGGAGUUUAGCCGGGGCAACUUCUCGCUGACCUUCGGACCACUGCAGCUGGAGGACGAGGGCGGCUACAUGUGUGUCGUGCUGAAGACCUCAGAGCAGUGGAAGACGCUGCACACUGCCCACAUUCAGCUCUAUGUAGCAGCCCAUUACAGCACACCCACUAUCGUUGGCCCAAAUCCGGAACGGGUACAAACUGGGGACUUGGUGAACUUGACCUGCCACUCGUCCGGUGGAUAUCCAGAGCCCACAGUGAGCUGGACAGACGGGGAGAGCAGAUCAUUACUCGAUAUGAGGCAGGACAACUUCAGCAAAGAUGCCGUCUCGGGGCUCUGGAGCAUCAGCAGUAUGAUCCAGGUGGAAGUGUCAGCCAAUUCCAGCUUCACCUGUACUGUCGUCAACACACGGACAAACAAGAGCACCACCUCCCCUGCCUGGUCCGGAUCCAACACGGGGAGCUCUGUACAGCAGCCACGCAGGAAUAUUCUCUUAUACGUCACCCUGUUGGUUAUCACCUUGGCUUUGCUGGUUGCUCUAGGCCUUGUGUAUCGGAGGACGACACGACGAAAAGGUACAGCUUGGAAGAAAUGAUUGUGGCUUGUCCCGAAGGUCAUCAAAUGAUUCCUAUGAGGAAAGAGACAGUUCUUCCAGACCAUUCUCCUUGUUAGAAUUCCUUCAUGAAUGCCAAUGAAUGGACAAACAGGCACAGCCAGUCCCAAACGAAAGGCCCACAUUCGUGGUGGUGGAUAGGGAGUAGACUGUGACAGACUUGGAGAGCUAACACAAGACAAGGGCGAAGGUUCAUCUUGUCAAACGGACAGCCCGAUCCGUUGUGGAUUUCAGGAGUUAGGGGAAGUGUCUAAUUUCUCACAGGCUUUGUUGCACCCUGUUUAAUUAUGGAGGGGAAGUGAGGAGGUGGCUGACUUCCCCACACCACACACGUACUCUUUUGGAAGGAGCCGAGGAUGUCGAGGACGCACAGGAAGACUUUGGAUGCACAUCGGGUUGGAAGGCUCUGGUGCUGGGAAGACAGGGACAGGUUAAUGGGAGAUUAAAUCCAUUUGCUCAAGGAGAGAGUCAGGAUGGGUCUGGUCCAUGUGUAAGGAUGGUGUUGGGAGGGCAGGUUAACAAGAGGCAGGAUCGGGUUGCUUGACUGAAUCAGAAGCAGCUUGACCCUGGGCAGAUGCAGCUUGACCCUGGGCAGAUGCAGGUCCUGAGACAGAAGGUUCAGAGCACAUCGAAUGGGACAUAUGAGUGAAUGAGGAAUAGCUGCCUCAAAUGAGGAGGGUCAGAGGAAGGGUGAUGUGAGGAAAUCAAUGGAGGAACGGGGGGAAAUAUUGCCACAAAAGUGAGCUGUUGCAAUUGGGAUGAAUAUCUGAUGAGAAUUUCCCAAAGGGCUGGAAAGACGGCAGGGGAAUUGGGAGGGAGGGUAAUAUUAACGGUAUGGGAAAGGGUAGUGUCAGGGUCAGGAUGAGGACAACAGGAAGAGUGGUCACACCUCCCAUCACAGAGAUUCUUUGAUUCAAGUGGUGGAGAAAAUAAAUCACACAUGGUGACAUCUAUGUACUUUGAUAAUAAAUUUACUUUGAACUUUUGGACAGGUGAACUUCAUUACAAUGUCUGG